AUGAGCCAACGCAGUCGACGACACUCUCCUUCCUCCGAUACCAGUUCUCCUCCAUCCACUUCGGCAUCUUCUCCGGCAUUCCCAGCCCAACCGUGGCCUCUGGUGGUGCAUGAGCCGUUCGAGGCAUUGGCAGCUGAUCCCGACCUGCCGUUGUGUGCGCCCUACAACAAACUGCUAUAUCAUCUCUUCCCGGCGGAUACCAACGUCCUCGUUGCCCCCGGGCCUUAUCCACCCCUUCCUAACACUGAAACCGACGCUAUCUCGACGCCCUUCGUGUUCACUGUCUUCUACAAAACACAUACUGUCCUCCUACUUCACGUCCAUCCGGCGCACGGGCUCCGCUGGGCAUCCGCACGCAUGUCAGCCGACGCACUCUGCCGCCGCCGGCUGAAUGAUCUGGCUCCCGAUUGCCGCCUGCCGAAGCUGUACGCCCUCAGCACGUUCGGGACCAAACUCCGGUUCUACGCAGCGACCAAAGUAGUGACCGCCGUACCUACCAGUCCGACCGGAAUUCCUUCCGCUGCAAUUUCAUCGAGGGUUGCAAGGACGAUCUCUUGUCCGGCAGUGCAGAUCGACCCUCCGCUUCCGCCCCCCGUCGCAGGAUCGGAUGUGGCGCCUCCAAGUAGAUGGAAUUGCGACGUUUUGGAAGAGGCGGGUGCGAAUCUGUUGAAACAGUCCGUCGCGGAGAUAAUCGCGCGCAUAUAUCUAACUGAUGGUGAGCAUCAGAUGCGAUUCUACUCCCUUUUGAACGCUGAUGUUCGCCCCAGCAUAUUGAACAAUUGA